AUGGUGGUGGAGGCUGAUGACCUGCUCUACACCUCCUGUGGACAGCUGGGGGCAGAGACCAGCUCCUCGGGACAGAACCAGGUCGGUCUGAGGCGCAUCCUGGAGCUGACAGGUGAGCUGCUGCAGUACCUGCACAACCUGGUGGUGGCGCUGUUGAGCGGAGCAGAGAGUUUCAGGCGGGCCGCCCUGCGGGGGAUUGGUAACCGGGCAGUCGCGUUGGCCGAGCUGACUCCGGUUCAACAGGUCCGAGAGCUGCCAGCCCAGAUUCAGCAGGUGCUCCGGGACCUGCAGGAGCUGUCCAAGGUCCUUCUGCAACUGGUGAUCAACACCACGCCGCUCUACGACAUGCUGGAGCAGCCAUCUCCUCAGCAGCUGGAGGACUUCCUGAACCAGGAGGACCUGGCGUCGGACAGCUCGUCCCGCCGUAGCUCCGCUAAUAGUCUCUUCUCGAAGGCAAUGGAUGGACGUCCUCGCCGCCGUCGUAGUCUCUACUCUCGUGCCCGUCGGGGCUCUGGAGGUCCUCUGAGCCCGGAGUCCCCCAACAAACGUCGUUCCAGCAUGAAGGAUUCAUCCAGCCCUGAGGUAGACAGCCAGACCCCCCCUUCUGAAGACAAGGCUCUCCGACGUCCAUCCGCCACGGAGCUGCUGCUCAUGCCGCUCCAACAAUUCAUCUCCCAGAGCCAGAAGGCUUUCGAGUACCUGAGCCCCAACGCUGCAGACAACGCCGCCAUCACCCUAAAUACAGACGACUCCUAA